GUAUCUUAAUGAUUGUCACUGAAGGAGCAUCAGUGAAAGUUCAUCCAGGAGGAAACACAACACUUCCCUGUAGCAUUAAAAACGAUAAAGAGAUUACCUGGAUCAUCACAAAUGGAAACCAAACAUUUGUCAGAAUUCUAAGACUAGAAUAUGUAUAUGGUUCAGAACCUAAACCAGAGCCCUCCAAUAUUCACCCCAGUUACGCAGGUCGGAUAAGAGCUCUCAGUUCAUCCACAAACACUCACUCUCUGCUUCUGAUGAAUAUCACUGACACUGAUCUCAUGCUCUACUGCUGCACUGACUAUAAGAUUGAGCAAACUCACUGCACAAAACUAGACUAUGAAGAGCAGCAGAAUGGUAUUGGUAAAUAUAUUAGCACGACAGUAUUGCUGCCUGUGAUCUGUGCACUUCUAUUACUCUCCCUGAUGUCAAAUGUGUGCAUGUGCUGGAAAAUAAAAAGACAAAAAAAAGAAAACUUACAGGAAUCAAAGACAUCAUAUAAAAGUACACAGGAUGAGCAGGAGAAUGAAGCUGAUGGAAUUUCAUAUGCAUCUGUGAAUAUAAAUAGAACGGAAAGAAACAGAGGACAACAUCAUCUCACACAGGACACAGUAUAUGCACGCAUUAAGUGAAAAUAAAUGCAUUUCUAAAAUCUAGAAUGUCUGCCUUCAUUUUGUAUAAGAUAAAUAAAAACUGCAU